AUGCGACCUAAGUCUAGUUUAAUUUGGAGAUUUUUUAAUCAAGUUAAUGCAGAUUCCGCAAAAUGUAAACAGUGUGAUAAAACCUUUUCACGAAAAGGAGGUGGCACUACUUCGCUUAAACUUCAUCUUAAAUCAAAACACGGUGAUAAGUACGAAGAACUUUUGUUACUAGAAAAAGAUAUCCAACAAAUACCACAUACCACGAAACAGCUGACACCAUUACAAGAGUGUAAAAAACAGCUGUCAAUAACAGAUUCUUUAAAAAAUAAAGGCGCCUGGGAUGAAAAUGUGUGGUCAGAGCCCAGCUCAAAUGUAUCGUUACUUAGUCUUACUGCUCAUGGCAUCACCAAUAAAUAUGAAAGAGUUUCUAUAAUACUCAAGUGUGAACAAUUAGAGGGUCGGCACACAGGUGAAAUUAUAGCAAAUAAUUUAAACAAUAUUUUGAAAGAUUGGGGCUUAAGCACGGAAUCAGUUCAUUGUAUUUUACGCGACAGAGGAUCUAAUAUGAUAAAAGCUAUGAAUAUGGCCAAUUUCACUGAUGCAAACUGUACUAUUCAUCAACUACAAUUAUGUGUGCGAUCAACGAUGGAAAUCGAAGAAUUUCUCUCGUCAGUAAUUACGAAGUGCAAGAAAAUUGCAACUCACUUCAAUCACUCCCUAAUCGCGCAAAAUGAAUUGAAACAAAUUCAAACAGAAAGACUGAACCAAUCAGGACUAAGUAUAAUUCAGGAAUGUUCCACACGAUGGAACGCGACGUAUUAUAUGAUGAAAAGAAUAUUGACAUUAAAAGACUCCUUAGUACUGUAUUCGGGCGCGCAUGAUAUACCAAUUCUUAAUGCUGAUGAAUGGCUCGACUUGAAAAAGUGUGUUGCAAUACUAAAGCCGUUCGAAGAAAUUACAAAGGAGUUAAGUAGUGCUACUGCAACAAUAGCAUCAGUGAUUCCAUUAAUAUAUACUCUUAAAAACACACUAGAAACAGAGAAGAGUAAAGAAGAGACUUCUGAGAACUUCAAAUUAAUGAUUACGAAAAUGAUCCAAGACAUCAAUGUCAGAUUUCAGGAUAUUGAAAAUAAUAAAAUAUAUACAAUAGCUACUUAUCUAGAUCCACGGUUUAAACUCAAGUUUUUUACUGAAAUUACGAAGGAACAGGUACAGUCUGAGAUUCUGGGGAUUCUUGGGUGUUCAAAAGCUUCUCGUGAUGAAGGUCCUUCUUCACCUAAGAGAUCACGGAAUGAGAUUCCGACAACAAGCUCAAGCAACUAUUCACACAUUCAAUCUUGUCUAGCUGAAAUAUUAAGCUUAAGUGACGAGGAAGAGCAAAACAUAGAUUGUGGUGAUGAUGUGCACAAUCAAUUUAUUGUUAAAAAGACAUUACUAAAUGAAUACAACAGGGAGAAACGAUUGACACUCAAUGAAGAUCCACUUUUAUGGUAG